AUGGACACAACAGAUCGCUCUGUGAUGGAGAGUAACGCACCUACAAUCAGAACUGAACUGAGCUUAAACGAUCAUACUUCUUCCAAAAAGCAUGGCGCAACCACUUAUGCUACUCAAAAUAGCAGCAAGAAUCAAAGCACUAGCUCAUUAGAGAAAUUGAUCAACUCAGGAUCUUAUAUAGAUCACAGAGCACACAACGAUUUGGCUCAUUUACAUUCAUCACCUGCAAGAUCUAGACGCAGAUCAACAAAUGGAAAUGUAUUCAAGAGAAAUAACAAUACUGGUGGCAAAAGAAGUAGCAAUGGAAGUGACGACAAUACCAAUAGCGGCAGCAAUUUCACACCAAAGGGACCAACUCGUUACUCAACUGCUCCUACUUUGCCACUUACUAAUAGAAACCUACAACUGUUGUUGCGCAGCUCAUCCUCAGGUGAUGGAAUAGAGGAAGAACAAGACUCACAAUCACCAAACACUAUUGCUGUAGAUAUGGACCAAUUUGCUCAAGAGCAAAGAAAGCUUGCCAAGUCACAAACUUGGCAUAACCCUUUUGGGAAAGAUGGGGCUGACUUAAGUCCCGGUUCUCCGGGCCAUUAUGCAAACAAUGACUACAACGAUAAUGGCGAUGAUGCAUUUUCGGUGAAUUCUAUGGAAUUUGGUGAAUCUAACCCAUCAUCCGAUCAUUCGAGUGACUCAACUUCAUUGGAUGAUGUUUGUUAUUAUGAUUAUGACCGAGAAGAUGAAAAACGAGACGAGUGGCCCAAUUUACAAGUUAUGGAAGAAUACGUGGUUGAAGAAUUGGAAGAAAUGGAAAGGGAAAAGGAUCAUGAGAGAGAAAUUGAUGAGGUUGUUCAAUCAGUCAAUUUUGGUAAAGACGUGGUUCACGACGGCAAGGCUGCCAAGACACAACAAGAUAACAGCAAUAGAUACGCUCCACCACGCCCACCACCUUCGGUUUUACCCGAGGAGGCUCUUGACGAGGCAGCAGUUGAUGAAAACACACCGCUCGUUGAUAAUUAUAAAGUUAACGAGCUUGAAUCGUUGGAUUCACUCCACGAUUCGUUUAGAAUCAGACCUACACCAACACAACCAUGGGAGAAAUCAAAAGACCAGAUCCCUACUAUUUUAAACAAGAGAAAACUGCUGUCACAAGCACAAAGAACUCUUCGAGGACAACUGAAGAAGGGCGAGUUGUGUCGAUUCACUUAUUUUAGAGAAGAUUUACCAGAAACUAUACAUGCACCAUCCAUAUGUGGUUUACUUAGUGAUGAUCCCGAACUUUCUAUCCACGAUAGGUUGGUGGAACUUUUUCGACCAUGGGAAAAACUAGCCACUAGUGAAUCUACUUCAACGCAUCAUCCCAGCCACAAACAGCAAGAUUCUGUUUCAUCAAGCAAUAAUAACUUGCAACCAUUAACAAAAUCAACAAGAUUAGGUAAUGAGAGUCCCAUUCCUACAUCUAGUGGGCUCGAUUCAACCUUUGAUCCUUAUUGGCUUGACAUUUUAGAUCCAACCGAGGAAGAAAUGAAGGUGAUUUCAAGAACUUUUGGUAUCCACCCGUUAACCACUGAAGAUAUUUUCCUCGGAGAAGCUAGAGAAAAAGUUGAAUUGUUUAAAAAUUACUACUUUAUCUGUUUCACUUCAUUUGACGUAGUCUAUGAACGUCGGAAACAAAAGGCCAAGGAACAAGAAAAAAGGUUUAACAAAUUGCAAGAAAUGUAUGAGAAUAGCUCUGAUGCCUCAAGCUUAUAUAGACAGCACCAGAAGAAUGGAUUAACUUCGAGAAUGUCACGGUUGUUUGGCUCGUUUUUAAAAAAGAAGAAGAAACCGCCUUCAAUUCAUGAAAAACCAAUGUCUACAUCGAUUAGAUCAAGAGCCAAGAAGGUGAGAGAAGGUGAAUUGCUGCCUUUGAACAUGUACAUUAUUGUGUUUAAACAUGCAGUUAUAACUUUCCACUUCUCAGCCACUCCGCAUCCUAUCAACGUGAGAAGAAGAGCAAGGAUGUUGAAGGAUUACUUGACAGUGUCUUCUGAUUGGAUCUGUUAUGCAUUGAUUGAUGACAUCACUGACUCAUUUGCACCAAUGAUUGAAACGAUCGAAACUGAAGUCAAUUCAAUCGAGGAUGCUAUCUUGCGUAUGCAUUCGGGGGAACAUGAAGAUUCUGACGAUUCUGAUUCUGAAGAUGAGGGCUCGACGCAUAAUCAUGUUCGCAGUCAUAGCCAUAAUCAUAGCCGCCGUAAUAAAGUGCAACAUGAACCAAAUGAUAAUGUCUUUGUAUGGCGCAAAAGGUCCAAAUCUACCGUUGAUGCCAACAAUACUGGGUUCUUGCGUUCAAGUCACACACGAUCCAAGACCAAAUCAAAAUCAAGUUCAUCAUCAUCAUCUACAUCUGACACAGGAUCAUCACGUAUCCUUGGAUGGAGACGUAAAGGGGACAUGUUGCGUCGUAUUGGUGAGUGUCGUAAACGAGUAAUGUCAGUGCUCCGUCUCCUUAGUUCCAAAGCUGAUGUCAUCAAGGGGUUUAGCAAACGGUUCAAUGACUUGGAUUCACUGGCUGUCGAUCGCCAUCAACUGGAAAUCGCCAUGUAUUUGGGCGAUAUCCAGGACCAUAUAAUCACCAUGAUUGGCGCUUUGAACCACUAUGAGAAACUACUUGCGCGAUUCCACUCCAAUUACCUUGCCCAAAUUAACAUUGACAUGACCAAAGUCAACAAUGAUACUAAUGAUAUAUUGGGUAAAGUGACGAUUUUAGGAACGAUUGUUCUUCCGAUCAAUGUGGUUACCGGUCUUUGGGGGAUGAAUUGUCUUGUUCCUGGGCAGGAUUAUGAUGGAUUGGCUUGGUUUUGGUGUAUAAUUGGAUGCAUGGUGUUGUUUAGCAUUGUUGCUUAUAAUUAUGCAAAGAGAGUUACUGGGUUAUAG